AUCUUUAUUUAACAUUUGUACUAUUUUGGUGAUUUUGCGGUGAGCUGGAAGUCAUCUGGACGUAUUGGUGGAACUGGACUAAAGGACUGCCCUUUUUACUGGAUUCUGCAACCGCUGAGAUUUCUACCUCUGGAAAUUCUAAUGGGUGUAUGCUCUUGUCUGAUUGUGAGUGUGUAUAUGUGUGUUAGUUGUGUGUGGAUGUGAUUUGUCUGCCUUGAUGUGUUCGUAACUAUUUCUGUGUUCUUGCGGUUGUGGUUUACUUUUUUCCAAUGUCUGGCAUUACUGGCCAGUGUUUCGCCUUGUGCUGUCCAUGUCUGCUGAGCACCCGGCCUUGGGGUUGACCCUUACCGUGCCACAGGCGAGAUGAGUGACAGCUCUGGAACAGUGAACAACUCGGGGGCUAUGGUACUGGAGGAGCCUGAUGGGAGAGGUGGCUCCGGUGGACGUGAACAAGCCCAGGCCCCUGCUCGUGGUGGGAUUUUAAGGUGUGGGAGCUGUGCCCUUUGGCCCCGCCAACAGACUUGGCUCUGCAUGGUUCCACUUCUCAUUGGCUUCAUAGGCCUAGGGCUGAGUCUGAUGCUGCUGAAAUGGAUCGUAGUGGGUUCUGUGCGGGACUAUGUGCCUACUGACUUGGUGGACGCCAAGGGUAUUGGCCAGGACCCCAUCUUUCUGUCCAAACCUAGCACUUUUCCUAAGGGAUCUGACACCACCACCACCACAACCACUAUUGGAGGGGUCAGCUUGGUCAGCCCCACCGUAACCACUGUGGUGCGGAGCAGGACUCGAACAGGAACCCCUCCCAAUGUUCCCCCAAGAGGUGGUGGUGCAUCCGGCAGCCAGGUGACACAGAAAAGCCCGUCUACGCGCUUUGUCACACGUAAUCCCACCUUUAUGACCACCGUGGCCUCUACCACAACAUCUACGGUCCAAACGUCCACCUCCAGCCCCUCUCCCUCCAACCCUGCCGUUCUAAACGACUCCACCCAAAUGUGGACCAGAGAGCAGUCAUCCACUGAAAGGCACGUGACCAUGCCUGGUCGAACCCACGUCAGCCGCAAAACACCAUCACCAACUCUACCGCCUUUGAAAUCGGAGCAUUUCAAGCCGUGUCAGGAGAAAGACCUGGCCUAUUGCCUGAAUGACGGGGAGUGCUUUGUCAUCGAGACCCUGAGCGGCCCACACAAACACUGCAGGUGUAAAGAGGGUUUCCAGGGCAUUCGUUGUGACCAGUUCCUGCCCAAGACUGAUUCCAUCCUGUCUGAUCCAA